AUGAGUUACUAGUAGUUAAUAUUCAGAGUAAAAAGAAAACAGAAGGGAGAGAAAGACAAUCUAUUCAGUUUUUGAACUGAUUCAUUCGGUCAGCACAUCCACAUCUCCAUGUAUCUAUGAAGAUCCGUCUUUACGUGUCGAUGCUUAGGGACAAAUAUGGCAAGUCAAGAGGACCCUGCUGGUCCCUGCCAGAUGUCAGUCAGAAAACGGCCCUUGACGUCUGCAGAGAAGCAGAAGAAGUAUCGGGAGAGGUUGAAACAGUCUCCAGAGAAGUAUGAGCUUUUCAAGCAGUAUGAAGCUAUGAGACGGAAAGAGAGGUCAAGAACACACCAACCAACAGAGGAAGAAUUAGCCCUCAAGAGAAUGAAGUCGAGGGAAAGGGUUCGAAAACACAGAUUAAAGAAAAAACAAGAAGCUUUGACAAAGAAGGGAAUAUUUGAGGAGCAGGUGUGUAUGUCUAUGGAUAGCCUCAGAGGAUUGAUCCCGCCUGAAGCAUUUGAUGUUGAUGAAGAUGUCACAAGAGCAAUGAACUUGAACCACAGUAGUUCUAGAAACACUGAUUACUUGCAAAGCAAUGUAGAACCUUUCCCAGAAAUGAAUGUACCAGAAUUGAACAUAGGGGAAUACAUCGUGCAUGCACAUGGUGAAAGCAAUAUGGAGGAUUCUGCCCCGAGUACAGUAAAACUUGAGUACGAUAUGAAUCUUGAAGAUUCUUUGGAUGACUCUGCUCUAGUUAGCUGUGCGGAUACUGUUGUUAAAAGUGAAAUGCAAGAUAGUGGAAAUAUGGAUUACAUGGAGGAAUCACCAUCUCAAAUGCUUGCUGGUCGUACGGUCUUAUCUGUUGUAGAAGCGGCUCAAGAAGCAGCUCAGGUAGUGGCUUGUGAAAAGAUGUCAAAGCAAAGGAAAAGGAAUAAAAAACCUAUGACCUCUGCUGAAAGGCAGCGGAAUUACAUCGCAAGACUCAAAGCACAACCAGAAAAGUGGGAAGCGCACAAAAAAAAGUGUACAUUAAGGCGUAAGACAAACCAACAGGAACAGAACAGGGAAGAAUUUGAGUCACAAAGAAAAACAAAGAAGAACCAAAGGAUGGAAACACAGAAGAGUAAAGAGUGCCAAACAAAGGGCACUAAUGAUGCUUGUGAAGUUUCAGCUGCUAGGGAGGAUAUCCAAAGCAAAGUUCACUCACAUCUCAACAUGAACUUGUCAGAAUUGAAAGUUGAACAGAGUGACCGAGACGCAUGUGCAACAAGCAGUCAAAGUAAUCAUGUAAAUGGACUUAGAGUUGGCCCCAGUUCAGCGCCUGUUAAGGGUAUGCAAAAUCAUCCGUCAAUGACAUUCCCUAUGACGGAGGUUGCCGCAGGCUCGCAUGAACAAACGCCAAAGAGGAGGCCUCUAACGGCUGCAGAGAGGCAGCAAAACUACAGGGCAAGAAAAAAAGCACAGGCAAGAGAGAAUGAGGAGCUCAAGGCUAAAGAAAGAGAAAAGUGUAAAAUGAUGCUGAUAGAGGCAGAAAAGAAGAGACAGAGGGCAGCGGAAAGGCAGAGGGAAUAUCGACGUAGAAAAAAGGCCUUAUCCAUCGCUAGAAACAUUGAAGCAAUUACCACAAAUACAAACUUUAAUCAAGUUGAGAUCAGUACUCGGAAUGUUGAUAUAAGUGGUACAAAUACAGAGUUAGGUGAUGAGUUGGCCAGGGAAGUAGAAAGUGAAGUUGGUCAAAGUUCUUGUUAUGGAGACGGAAGUCCAACCAUUGUUGAGAAAAUGCAGAAUCAGUUGCUCGCAUGGCCACUGGUGUCAUCAUCAUUUGCACCAAGGGAUUUGAUUGGACAAGUACGACAGCCAGCAAGGAAGAAACCCAUGACUGCUGCUGAGAGGCAGCGGCAGUAUAGGCAGCGACUUAAAGCUAAACCAGAGAGAUGGAAGCAGUACAAAGCAAGAGAAUCAGAAAGGAGGAAAAGGACUCAAGAAGCAGCUGCCCUAGAGCAAAGAAAGAAAGCAGUGGAUGAGCAGAGGGAUGAUUCAGACCCAAGCGAAGAGAUGAGGAGUAGAUUGAAUGGAUUGGGAGGCCCAAUGGGAGGAUACCUGCUAAGCACUGACCCUCGUCAUGAAUUAAAAUCAGGUCAUAUGGGUGAGGGCCUUGUUCAUGUGAAGGAAGAAGAAGAUUGCUCCCAAGCUAAAUAUGACAUCAAUCCAGCCUAUGAAAAUGGACAUGAAUGUUUACAGCCUCCACCACUUCUUGAUAGGUGCCAGAAUGAAUUGCCAGUGAGUCCGUCUGGUCCAUCAUCCAUCAAAGGCAGACCCAAGAGACGGAGAAGGAGAAAGAAGGCUCUGACUCCUGCAGAGAGGCAACGGCAAUAUAGGGCAAGACUCAAAGCAAAAAAUUACAAGGAAAAGAAAGGGAUGGAGGAAAUGCAAAUACCCUCUGAUGAGGCUGCCAAGGAGCAGCGAAAGGAAGCUGAAACAGGGCAGAUGGGUGAUCUAUGUCCUGAAGGAGAUGAAAGUUAUAGAAUGGAUAAACUUGGAGAAACAAGAGAAGAAUACUUGAUAAAAACGGAACCCCAUUUUGAUGUGAAAUAUGAAUUGAAUUCAGAUCAGUAUUCAAUGAGUGAGCUUAAUGCCAGCAACAAUUUGGGGAAUCCUGAAUGCAGCGUACCUGAUGGGGUUGACCAAGUUACCUCUCAUGUGAAGCAUGAAGAACAACCUUGCUUUCCAGCGAAGCCUGAUGUUGAUCCAGCAAAUGAAGAAGGGAUUGUACAGAGUGCUCCAAGUAACAGUAAAAAUCAGAGUGAACCACUACCAAAUCCUUCCCGACCUUCACUUCUUAAAGGCUAUUCCAGGAGACGAUCAAAGAGGAGGAAAGCUAUGACGGGUGCAGAGAGGCAACGGCAAUACAGGGAAAGAAAAAGAGCAAUGCUUGGAAAGGAUGACCAAGAGAAGCUAAAAGUUGCAGAGACAUCCAACAGUAUUCAAGACUUCAAAAUGGCGUCUGAAAACUCUGCUUCCGCAGUGCUUCAAAAAGUAACAAAAAGAAUGCAACAAUUGUCAUCCAAAAGAGAAGAAGUAGCAUUAGAUCAAAGCGACAAAAAAACAGACACUAUUCAGCCCGUAGUUGCAAGACGAAAACUGAACCGCAAAGUUAAAGGUCAACCAAAACCUGAAAUUGCCGUGGAGUCAGUGAAGAGAGUAAAUAGGACAAGAUCCACUGUGGAAAGACGUAAACAACAGGCAGAGUCCGAGCUUGCUUAUAAACGAAUGAAAGGAAGGGAGAGAAUGAGGAAAUAUCGCCUUAAGCAGAAGCAAAAACUUCAGAGAGCGGUUGGUGAGCCUGGAGACUGCUCCAUGCCAAAGAUAGUAGCUGUUUGGAGCAUGAAUCAAGGAACUGAUCAAGGUGUGCAAGAAAACAUCAACCAGAGUUUUAAUGUGCCAGAAACGGGUACCAGGAUUGUAGAUGAGUUUUCCAAACUAAACCAAGAAGAUUAUAUAAUGCAAGUAAACCGAAUAGACUCAAGCCAUUUUGUUGGGUACCCAUCUGGUAGUUCAACAUCAUGUAAAGACAUUUUUUCCAAAUUGCCUAUUCCAAAGCUUCAGCCAAAUCGACGUUGCGAAGAGGCCUCUGAAAGGAGGUUCCGUAGGCUGACAAGUGCAGAGAGACAGAGGAGGUAUCGCAAAAGACUUCAACAAGAUCCAGAGAAGUGGGCAGCUUAUAAACGGAAGGAGUAUGAAAGGUAUGUGGCAAAAAAGGCAAUGGCAGUGAACGAAAUGAACGAGACCAGAAAAUGUACGUCAAACUUCAAACAGAGCAAAAACCUUCAAGAUAAUGCUUCGGACAAUGCUUUGGGGAAGGUAGGAAGUGGUUAUUUUAGGGGAAAACGCCAAGCAUCCCUCAUAUCUGGAAAAAGUGCUAUGUUGACAGAAGGAAGGUCAGUGGGACGAUGUGCGAAAAGUAGACAUACUAAGAGUCCUGAAGAAAUUGAAAGAAUUAGAAAAGCCAACAGGGAACGUCAGAGGCUUUACAGAGCAAGGAAAACAAUGAGACAAAGUAUGCAAAGGACAGGUAUCCUUGCAGACAGGUCUGGUCUCCCAGUGCCAGCCGACUUAAUUGCAACAGAUGAAAUGGAGAAGUCUCCAAUCCUGAGAAAAGAAGCGGAACAAUGCAGCGGACAUGGAAUGUCACAGGACAUCGCUGGAAGUGAGUCAUACCGUUCAACUCAAUACUCAAUGUGUAAUAAUCUCUCUUCUUUAUCGGGCAUUGGUCCUAGGAACUGUGGAAGGCCCAGAUUACCCAGACAAAUAAUGAAUCAACCUCCUGGGAGACCCAACAGAGGAAGACCACAAAGGCUAGUAAGUCUUGAGACAGAUUAUGGCACUGAUGUUGCUCUCGAUAACCGACUAGCGUCUUCUCUAGAAAGUGAGGGAGAUGGAGAAGUGCUUGUAUCAAGUGCAGGAAACCUUCCAAUGGUCAUCAAGAUGCCAUCAGUGAAUGGUCAAAGAUACCCUGGUUUGGAAGAAAUACCAGAGGUGAUUCCCUGUGAUCCCCCAGAAGCUGUCUUUGACUGGGGUAACAUAGACCUUGACCACUUUCAGACAACUCCUGAAGAAGAGGUACCUCUAGACAACAUAGAGGUGAGAGAACCUGUUGCAGGUGAGGGGGAGGGAGAGUGUGUUUAUGGUUCUGCCCGCAGGAAAGCUUUCUUUCCUACAAAGCAUGACUCUGCGGACCUCACGCUUAAUGCUGCAUUGGUUUCUGAGACACUGAUUGAGGAUCCAUAAAUGACACACUAAUUCUGUUUGACCAUUUUCUUGAUUUGCACUCCUUGUUGAUUUUCACCUCAUAGCUGUGGCACAAGAUCUCCU